AUGUUCAGAUCAUAAGAAAUGAGUUAUUUUUAAUUAGUAAUGCCUUAAGACAGUGCAUGGACUAUUAUGGAUUAAUUGGGUUAUUUAAGUAAAGUGGAAAUUAUUGAUCAUAAUCCUAAUGAAGCCUUAAUUAAUAGACCAUUUGCAAAUUAUGUUAAAAGGUAAAUCAUAUCUGCCAACCCUAUAGAUGCGAUGACUUAAUUGUAAAAAUAGAAAAUAUGCUUUAAGUUGCUAAGAAUUUAAAUUUGCUAUCUAAUUAUAAAAAUGGAAAUUUGUAAUAAUUUACCAAUAAUGUAUUCUAUAUAAUUAUUGUUUAUAGAAAAAUUCACAUACUCAUACUUAUCUUGAUAAGAUUGAAGAAGACAUAAACAAAAAAACUUCAAUUUUUCAGGAAUAAAAUAAACAUCUUGAAUAACUUAUAGAUCAAUCAGAAUACAUUCAAAAUUAUAUUGAAAUUUUAAUAGAGAGUAGAAAGUAUUUAGGGGAAAAUGUAUUUUAAAAUCAAUAAAUUUCAAAAUUUGAAUACUAUGUUGGAAUACUUAAAAAUUUAGAAUUAUUAUAGUAUUUAAGUUUAAUAGAAUAGAUUUCAUCGUGUAAUAUUUAGAGUGACAAAAGGAAACUCUUAUGUACAUUUGAAGAGGAUGAAUGAGAAGUAAUCAAUAUUCAUUGUUUUAUUUCCAAAUAUAGGAAACUAUGGAAAAUAAAAAAUUUAAAAGAUUGUAGAACAAGUAUCUUAAGGAAAGUUUACAUUACCGUAAAGUCUCUUAGAAUUAAAAAAAAAAUUAAAUGAAUUGAAAAUUAAACAAGCUGAAUAUAUAAAUGUAAUAAACAAUACAGAAUAUAGCUUAUAUCAAUGACUCAGAAAUAACUGUGUUAAUGCAUAUCAAGUAUGUUUGUUAUAAAAAAUGGAUUACCACUUAUAGAAUUUUAUAAAUUUUAUUUAAUAAAAGAAAAGGAACUUUACAAAGAGCUAAAUAAGUUAAAAAUGCAUGGUAGAUUGUUUCUAGGGGAAUUAUGGGUGCCAACAAAAGAUAUUUAAUAAUUAGAAUAAACUAUAUAUGUGAUAAAAGAAUAGUAAUCAAAUAAUCCUGGAGGUUAAUUAGCUUAAAAGAAUCCUCCUGAUUUUCUUUAGAAACCCACUUAUUUUAAAUUAAAUGAGUUUACCUCCAUAUUUUAAGAAAUAGUCAAUACAUAUGGGAUUCCAAGAUAUCAAGAAAUUAAUCCUGCAAUUAUAACAAUAAUUACAUUUCCAUUUUUAUUUGGAGUAAUGUUUGGAGAUAUAGGUCAUGGAUUUAUAUUAUUCAUGUUUGGAUCUUAUCUCUGCUUAUUUGAGAAUAAAUCAUUCUAUAAUUUAAGAUAUCUAAUUCUAUUGAUGGGUUUCUUUAGCUUUUAUUCAGGAUUAAUAUAUAAUGAUUAUUUGAGUUUAUCUUUAAACCUUUUUAAAACUUGUUUAAGAUAAGAGAAUGAAUGUGUAUAUCCAUUUGGAAUUGAUCCGAUGUGGGGAGGCCAUUUAGAAUUUAAUGACUCAUUUAAAAUGAAGUUAAGUAUUAUUAUUGCAUUUUGUCAUAUGUUGUUGGGUAUAUCUUUGAGUGGUUUAAAUUAUUUAUUUUUGGAGGAUUGGUUAAGAUUAUCUUGUAAAUUUAUUCCAUAAUUAUUAUUUUUGAUAUGUACAAUUGGAUAUAUGGUAUUUUUGAUAAUAUACAAAUGGUUGAAUCAUCUUGAGCCAUAAAAUGCCCCAAGCAUAAUAACUACAAUGAUUUCAAUGAUUUUGAAUUUAGGGAAAAUAUAAGGCCCUUAAAUGUGGGAAGGGAACUCUUAAGACUAUGUUUAAUAUUGUCUCUUAAGUAUAAUUUUAUUUUGUAUUUAGUAAUAACAAUUAUCACAAUACCUUGGAUGUGGUUUCCAUCAAUUAUUAGUCUCUUUUUAAAUAAUAAAAAUCUUUAAUAAAAUGAAGAUAAACGUAAGUCUCAAAGAAUAUAUUAUGGAUAAUUAAUAGAAGAGUCAGGAAUUGAAAUGACCUAAUCUCACUCUCAUAAUCAUGAUUAGAUAUAUUUAAAAUAGAAUAAAUAAAAUGCAGAAAUUUAAGACUCAACAGUCCAUAUUUAAUAAAAAAAGGAUAAUUCACAUUAAGAUAUUGAAGAUAUGAUUGUUCAUGAGACUAUUGAAACAUUGGAAUUUGUCCUUGGAGUUAUAUCAAAUACUGCAAGUUAUUUAAGAUUAUGGGCGUUAAGUUUAGCACAUUCGCAACUCUCUGAAGUUUUCUUUGAAUUAUUACUAGUACAACCAAUUAAUCAUGGAUAACCAAUUAAUUUAAUGAUUGGAUAUCCAUUUUGGGCUUUAAUAACAUUUGGUGUUUUGAUGUGUAUGGAUAGUAUGGAGUGUUUUUUACAUUCCUUAAGAUUGCAUUGGUAAUGAUUAUUUCUUACAAUUAGGGUGGAAUUUUAGAAUAAGUUUUUUAAAGGUGAUGGAAUUUAGUUUAAGGUCUAUUCUUUUAGAGAUAGAAUUAAGGCCAGUAUCAAUUAGGAAUCAUAGUGA